CCGGAGCCGCAAGCUCGGGUUCUAUUCUUAGUCCCCGUCCAUGAAUGCUUGAAUGGUUGACUUGUACUGAUUGUGCAUUGAUGCAGAUGGUCGACAAUGUACUGAGACCGGACUGUUGACGAAAUGAAUCCUGCUUCCGGUGCAUGCGAUCGCCCCUUCGAUCUGUUAUCCUCGGAUUCCUCGCAGCCACAUACCGCCGGCACUGCCUCUCAGGUCUUCUCAACCAUAUGCAACACAUUCUGAUUUUCUCCGGCUCACAUGCUCGCGAUGCCCAGCGAACCCGUAUAUGAACUCGACGCAGGGCAACAUGCCCUCCUCCCGUACUCAGCGCACAGACCCUCGUUACAGUCCCAAAGGCUCGGUGACCUUCCCUGUGUCUUGGUCCUAGGAAUCGUCUUUCCUUGAAGUAUAGAUCGGGAGCCUGGGCUUGCUUGCCACCUCUCAGUCGUUCUUUUCACAGUCGUUCGUUAUAUCCUAGGAUCUGGGCAUGUCUUUCAGGAAUCUAGUCUUCCUCGGGCUGACGCUCUCCGCCUUCGCUCGCGCGCAAAACCUGCUUAUUGCCGACGAUGAUGGAUGGGCUACGGCGCAGAUUCGGGCGCAGUAUGCGUCCUUGACGGAUGCGGGCUACAAUGUGGUCCUCUCGUGCCCGGCACUCAACCAGUCAGGGAAGGGCUCAUCAUCGCAGACGCCUACGCCGAUGACUGAGCCAUGCGAGUUCAAUACUUGUCCCAUAGGAUCGCCAGCAGAGGGAUACAACGCGAGUGAUCCGCAACUCAACUAUGUCAAUGGACAUCCUGUUGAUGCAGCCCAAUAUGGCGUCGAGGAGCUCGCACCGAAGUUCUUCGGUGGAUCCGCGCCAGAUUUCGUGGUAAGCGGACCUAACAUCGGGACUAACCUCAACAUCAUCACUCAGUUCUCUGGAACAAUCGGAGCAGCUUCUGCUGCAGCCAAGCUCGGCGUUCCCGCUGGGGCCUUCUCCGGCACCUCCGGAUCUGAAGUCUCCUACACCACUCUGAGCUCGGACCCCAACGCGACCUCCACGCUCGCCGCGCGCCUCUACUCCUCCCUCACCACGCACUUCGUGCAGACGCUCCUCGCGGCAUCGCCGGACCUCCAGCCGACGUCGAUCCUCCCGAACGACACGAUCGUGAACGUGAACUACCCCGCGAUCGACGGCUGCGCGGACGUGUCCGACUACAAGUGGGUGCUCGCGCGGAACCUCUGGAACCCGUUUGCGACGGACGUCGAGACGUGCGGGAGCACGCGUCUGCCGGACGAGGUCAGCGUGGUGAACAAGGACGGGUGCUAUGUCAGCGUAUCGCUGUUGAGUGCAAGCACAAAGACGGAUGUGGGGAGUGACUUGCAGGCAGAGGUGCUUGCGAAGCUCCAGGGUCUGCCGCUCAGCUGCUUGCCGUGAGCACCUUCUGGAAUCUGGUUCAGGUGUGAUGUGGUAUAAGUGAUGUUUCGGCACGCAAGAUAAACUGUAUACCCAUAUUCAGAGGUGUAUGAGAAGUGUGUUGGAACGUUGCGGAGAUACCGGGCCAGUGUUGCGAGUAGACACAUCAUUUAUUUUCAUACCGAUGCUCGGGCAGCGAUGUCGCCUACAUACUGUGCUUCGAUGCUAGCCUCUUGGAACUGCAGGUGCCGUAAGCAAUGUUCAUAUCGCACUUCAAAGCCCGACACGUCGAGGCUACGGCUGAGGAAGAGAAGACACGUCUGGCAGUCGUACAAUGGAUGGAGCCAAUCGCCGAAUGACAGGCUGGCAA